AAGAAAUGACAGAUUCCCAUAACCACAUUGAACUGCGAAGUGUUGUGAAAUCAAAAAUCGUUUUCGCUCGCGUAGAGCUUCAAAAACAGAAGCGUGCUAGUUAGAGCGCAUAUAGCGUUUAGCAAAGUAUUUUGCUACGAAUACGUUGGCUAGUUUGUGAUGAGGAAUAAUAUUGGUGAUCAUGCUCUGAAGAUGUUGUUGCCAUUGGUCAUUGCUAGCGCUGGCAAGCAAGUGAAAUCAUCUACCGUUCCAUCGCUGGUUGCUGCAGCACUCGACGAAUCCCGCCUUAAUUUGCUGGUACUGUGCGGUAGCACCUCCUGACGGAAACGCAACGGCCUGUGAACGUGCAAAGAUUCAUACGAAUAGGAUCAAGUAAAGGACAUCCUAAAUAGAGGCAAACCCAGCAAAGGGGAACGCCCGGGUUGCUUUCAAGUGCAUUCGAUUGAUUUUGCUGUGUUUUUGCAACGCUACGUACUACUACUCAACAGAUAGUGGAAUUGUGUGCUGAAAAUAAACCAUCGCCGUGCCUAUCUUGCAGCACUGAACCACACAGUAGUAGGCUACGACGAACACGGUGAAGCGCUGUGUAGUGCUGAAAAGUAAGCAUAGCUGAGGAAGGCCAACCAAGCAGAGAUACGCAGCGUAUUGAAACAGCAACACACAUUCAUCGUACGACGAACUACGGCGCACAGCACGACGUACUCAUACAACCUUGGGAACGAUAGAGCGACUAAAAAACGACGUAAUCAGACGGUUUUGUGUGAACAGUGGGACAAGUUUCGAAAGGAUAAUCAAGCGGUUAGAUUGGUGCAGUUUCCCGAAUCACCACCCACCGCGGCGGGUGCAGUGCGUUUUCUCACAUCAUGGAAUAUUCUAGCAACGACGUGAAGCAACUGUUCAGGUCCGUGUACACCCUGGUGAAGGUACAGGACGAACAGAAGGCGACACUCACGGUGGACGACAUUCUGCAGCCAAGUUUCCAGCUUAGCCAUCGCGUACUGGUCUCGCAGUGUAUACAACUAAUAUUUGAAGAUUUCGAAUGUGUCGGUCAGAAAUCGCGGGAAAUUCUGUGGCGCAAGGGCUACUACGAUGUGGUCUCUGUGCUGAAACGUCAGAAGGGCCGUGCAAAUGGGACGGCGCUGCUGCAUGCCGCUGACCGGUUGAUACGCGAGGGCAUCAACUACUUCAAGGCCAUCGUGCUGCGUUUCGAGCAAAUCUUCAACCUGGAUUCGUUACGCUACCUGGUUGACUUGACUUUGCUAGAGGACUACGAUAUGGAGAUGCUACGUGAGGAACCAUCGUGCUACUCACUGCUGCAGCUGCAAGCGUUGGAUGACGCUGCUGCAAAGGAGCUUUACACCAAGCAAGAAAUUGCGUACGCACUGGAGACGAUCCAAGCGCUGUUGAUCGCGCUGGGAGAUUUGCAUCGCUAUCAGCUCGAGUUCGGUAUCGGCAAUCGGAUGCAGUUGCGCGAACGUACCCGCAAGUACUAUCUGGAAGCAUUCAAGCUAAACCCGAAGAUGGGCAUGCCACAGAAUCAGCUCGGCAUGUUGGUCGGUGGACAGAACGGGCAUCUCGAUGCGGUGUACCAUUAUCUGUAUUCGCUAUGCUGUGUAAUUCCGUUCGAGUGCAGCGAAGCGAACGUAAACGUAAUCUUUCAGAAGAACAUUCGCCACCUGGAGUGUGGCGGUGAGCUAGCGAAUGGUGUCGUGGACGGAAAUGAUAUAUUGGUGGACGAGUUUAUCGCUACCUUUCUGCUGGUGGUGGAUGUGUUCUUUUACGACAAGGUCGUCACCGACUUUAACGCCCUGUGCCACUCGGUGCUGAUGGAGUUUAAGAAGAUCCUUAGUAUUCGGCAGCUGCUAGAAGAGUACUAUCUGACGGAUGAUAUGCUGUUUAAGAUUGUGUCGAUUCUGUUCUUUUGCAUGCAUCGCAUCAAGCUGAUCAACUCGGAUAAGAUUUACAGCUUGAACGCGUUUUUAGUGGCGCUCUGCUCGGAACUGCUCCAGUGGUGCACGUCCAGCUUUGAAAAGUUCACGAGCGAGCGCAGCCGUGAGGAUGCGCAGUUCCAGGAGCUUUACCUUCGCCGGUACCAACGCUACAGUGCACAGGUGCAUCGUGCUCGGGACAAAAUUAGGAACGGGUCGACGAUGUAUUCCAAGGAUCAAAAAUCAUCAUCCGGCGUUGAGGAAGGAACGGGCAGCCAGGAUAGUCGCGGUAACAAGGAGAACGAAGUUGCGAAUCAUGUUGGCAAGGGAUCGUCAACGUCGACCAUUGCUAGCGGAACUGGAAAUGGUACCGAAAAUGGUCGUGGCAAGGGAACGAAUAGUCGUCAGAAGAAGCAUUCCCGUCGUCGUAGACGUGCAUAUUCGAAUGAAAGCGAUUCGGAAGAUGGCGAACGCUAUGGAGACGAAGACGAGGAUGUAUCGGAGGACGAUUACUACGAUAGAUCGGGAACGGAGUUUAGCAACAGCAGCAGCGCAGAGGAGGAGGAAGACGAAGAUGAUGUAAUGUCACUGUCAAGCUACGGAUCGUACGAUGAAUAUUCUGAUGAAGAAGUUGACGAUCAGGAGGAGGAUCGUGAUCGUUCCGACGAUGAAGCAGAUGAUCACACGGCGCAGCGAAAUGAAGACGAACCGCAAGAUAUCAUCGCUGGCGAGGAGUUAGCUCCGGAGCAAUUGAAGUUUAAAAAACGCUACCAAAAGCUGGAUCCUAACAUUGUGCUAGAGUUUGCCCAGGGCGAGCGAACGAUGCGUUCGCUAAAGAUCCUGUUCGACUGGUUGCUGUGCAAUAUGGAUGUGCUGCACAAUUGCUAUCAAUCGAACCCGGAAUUUCUGCACAAUAUCAUGAAGCUGCUGAACUGCUUCAAUUUGGACUUUUUCACGAACCGAUUCUACUUCACGCGGGAUCUGAUUACUGUCCAGGGCUUGCGCGAUGAUCUGCAGGCCAUCUUUAACGUGCGUCGUACCAUUCCGCUGCAGGAGGACAUUGCGAUGAAGCGCUUCCCGCUAUUCGAACCGGCACAGGAGGGUCUGCUGUGGGAAACACCGUACAAGCUGGGCAUUGGCCAGGAAGAUGAAAGUUUCCUUCGCCUGAUGAAGAUGGUUGACUUCGGAUUUGCCGUGUGCAAGUCGAAAAAGUUCGACUACUGCUUCCAACCAAAGGUGCGUGCAUUCAAAGUGCGUAUGGGUUAUCAUGGAAGCGAUGGCAGCAACAAUGGUCGCAACAAAUCUUCAUCUAAAGGUCAACGGAACGGUGGGAAACAGAGACGCAAGGGUGAAACGAUGGUGGGACGAAACGGUGGUGCAAACAAGCGGGAUUGGAAUGUAGUAUGUAGUGGCGACGGAGGAAGCAAAUCCCGUGUUCUAUCGUACAGUCAAUCACGUACUGGCCGCACGACAAAAGGAACUGCAGUAGUAGAGGUUAAGCAUCGUCGUAGAACGAACGAAAAUAAUGAUCAACGCCGUGAGGAAUCGGCGAAUGAUGUUCUACUUACGCGGGAGCCUAACAAGCGUCAGCGUAACCGGAUGCGCAACAAGGCACGGAAUGGAAACGACGACUAUGGGUUGAUGGCCGAAGCUGCAGCAGCUCCGACGCUGUUUACGAAGAAAGGUUACCUUCAUAACCGUGCUAAUGGAAUGUUGAUGCAACGUGGUACUGCUGGCACCGGACACAACGGAGUCUCGGAUGAUGCUGGCGAUGAGAUCCAGCGGGAGAAGAAAGCUGCGGCACCUCAGGAAAAAGGUGAUAUCAGCGCAAUUAUGGGUCAGCUGUGGUUACGGAAUGAGGUCGAAACGCUUGAAUCAAAGGUGAAUAAACGAGCUGGUAACGUAACGUUGACACCGUAUUUGGUGUUGGAUUCGAAGUGUCUGACCGAGUACACUUCCAUAGUGAAGAAUUUGAUCAGAACAAAGAAAUUUGUCGUUCUGAUUCCGGGUGCUGUUUUGGGUGACCUGGAUGAAUUGAAAAAGCACAGCGAAGGUGCACGUAACGCCAUCAAGUGGAUGGAGGUUGAGUUUAGCAAGGGCAAUCGUUUCCUGCGUGCGCAGAAGAAUCAUGAAUCAUUGCCGAUGCCAUUGGUGAAAAUUCCGAAAAAGUUAGAUCGCGAAGGUGCGGUAUUCAAUCAGAUCGUUCAGUUCUGUAACCACAUCGUGACUAACCAAGCCGAUAAUGAUAACGACAUCAUCACCUACCUGUCGGGAGACAAUCUGCAGGAAAAGAAACUCUGCAACGGUAGCAGCUACAUCGGCAUCCUGGAGGCCAUACCGGUCAAGUUCGAGCAAAUUGUCACGUUCUACUCUAGCUACAAGAGGAAAUGAACAACGGCGUUAGCGUUCUCGGCCGAACAGGAGUGUUGGUCUUUGGUCUAAAACUCUGCAGCGAACAAACACCGUAAAAGGCAAACAGAAGCAGAAAAAACGAGCAUCAACAGCAAUAGCAAAUUCAUUCCUCUCUCCUCCAACUCAAAGGGUGGAGUCGUGUUUCCAGCGUCCAACCUUCUAUGUGCUACCUUCCGUGUUUUCUGCCAACAGACUGGGAGGACAGUGAAAGGGUUGAGCGACGCUACGACGGAAGGAUACAAAGGGCCCUCGCGAUUGCUUACGGCAUCCUUGUGUCUAUGUUCCUUCAUCCUAACCCUAAAAUCCAGUACGGUAGCUGUGUGUGUGUUCGCAUAAUCUCUCCAUCUUCUGGGCAUUCGAAAAUCAAGUGGAAACAUCAUAUUUGCCUUGUUCAGAAUUUGGUGUCCCGUGUCCGGUUGAAAGAGGUUUUUCAUACCGAGGGGCAGGCGCCUGCAGUACGCCAGAGAAAUUAACACCAGCAAGGAGAGUGAGAGAGAAAAAGAGAAAGAAAGGAAAAGGGAGAGAGAGAGACGAAGCAAAAAUUGAAGCAAGGCUGAAGAGAUAUUUAAUUUGUUCUUGUUAGAAAGGAGAAAACUUGGAUAAAGACGGAAUGGGAAGUCUCUGACGAGGAGCAAAAACAAAUCAUUUGUAUUUAGGAAGCCAUCGCUGUGUGGUUAGGUUAACGUUCGGAAGAGGUGGCGCGCGUGGGUUUCUGUGGAGCCAUUUUACUAACAGCAACCGAAACGAUUUCAUCAAAACAAAAUUGUUUGUUCGGUAUUUUGCUCUUUGGAAACACCACGUUGAACAUAACCUUCCAGCAUCCGCAUCACCCAGAUCGUGUGAUGGUUUUCGUGAAUGUAGGUGUUUGCUCGACACCGUUGAAAUUGUGCAACUACAAGACCAUUCAGUAGCAAAGCGAGCGAUUGUGGAAAACUUUUCUCCCAAUCAUCAUUUGGUUAAGAGUUGGAAGUUUGGAGCAAGCAAAAACCACGCGUCUAGACUCGUAAGAACCAUUCCGCGCAAAAUUUGAAAUCGUUCGCGCAAAGAAGCGCAAACGCAUUGCAUUGUGCGGCUAUCUUUUGCAAGCAUCGAUUUUCUUCGUUCUUCAUUAUUCUUUAAUUUUAAUCAUAAACCGGCUUAAACAUCCAUACUUACUUUUGUUAAUCUUUCAUUUUUCGUUCAACAAAGCAACAAAUUGAUUCGAAGGAGAAUUUAUACAUUUCACAGAGACUAACGUUCCAUUGUGCGUUAGCAAAACACGAUGGUUCAUUGUACAGCUCGAAAAGUUGAGGAACUCAGCUUUCUGGCAAUCAUUCAUAUUAUUCCGUAAAACAUUCUGUUCAAAAUGGUCAUUUGCAAAUCGGUUACGAUAUUCCUAUAAAAUGUACAACUAAAAUUAUUCUUCCCUACGUUUAUGGUGAUCACAGGCAGAAAGUACUUGUUCGUACGUGCGAUAUUGGAUCUCAAGUUUCAUCUAUGUUUUCCAUUUUGUAACGAUUCUACACAGUUCGAAGCGAUAAGUAUUAAUGGGUCUCCAACUAAGUAAAGUCCAACUUUUGUUUUGAAUUACCAACAAUGAACCAGACUCCUAAUCUAGUUUAAACUAUCUGUUGAAAUGUUAGACGACACUGAAUUAGAAACUAUUUCUUUUUAUCCGCGUAAUAAAACGGUGAUAAGCGGCAGACAAACAGGGGAAAAAACUAAAGAGAAAAGUAUCUUAAAAUUAUGUUUCAGUUCUUUGCCUACGCGUACUACACACACACAAAAACAAAAACUAUUAUGCUUAAUUUUCUUUGCCGAGCUCGCAUUAAAUAAAAAUCCUAAUUGAUGGAACA